GCCGCGAACGCAGCCGCCAAGCUGAGUCUUCCGCAUUGGGUGCCCGGGAUGAGCCUCACCCGGAGAAAGGGCUUCUACAAGCAGGACGUCAACAAGACCGCCUGGGAGCUGCCCAAGACCUACGUGUCCCCGACGCACGUAGGCAGCGGGGCCUAUGGAGCCGUGUGCUCUGCCAUCGACAAGCGGUCAGGGGAGAAGGUAGCCAUCAAGAAGCUGAGUCGGCCCUUCCAGUCUGAGAUGUUUGCCAAGCGGGCCUAUCGGGAGCUGUUGCUGCUGAAACACAUGCAACAUGAGAACGUCAUUGGGCUCCUGGAUGUCUUCACCCCAGCCUCCUCCCUGCGCAACUUCCAUGACUUCUACCUGGUGAUGCCCUUCAUGCAGACGGAUCUGCAGAAGAUCAUGGGGAUGGAGUUCACCGAGGAAAAGAUUCAGUACCUGAUGUAUCAGACGCUCAAGGGUCUUAAGUACAUCCACUCAGCUGGAGUCAUCCACAGGGACCUGAAGCCAGGCAACCUAGCUGUGAAUGAGGACUGCGAAUUGAAGAUCCUGGAUUUUGGGCUGGCACGGCACGCGGACGCUGAGAUGACUGGCUAUGUGGUGACCCGCUGGUACCGGGCCCCUGAGGUGAUCCUCAGCUGGAUGCACUACAACCAGACUGUAGACAUCUGGUCUGUUGGUUGUAUCAUGGCAGAGAUGCUGACAGGGAAAACUCUGUUCAAGGGGAAAGACUACCUGGACCAGCUGACCCAGAUCCUGAAAGUGACCGGGGUGCCUGGCGCAGAGUUUGUGCAGAAGCUUAACGACAAGGCGGCCAAAUCCUACAUCCAGUCCCUGCCACAGAGUCCUAAGAAGGAUUUCUCUCAGCUCUUCCCACGUGCCAGCCCUCAGGCCAUAGACCUGCUUGAGAAGAUGCUGGAGCUGGAUGUUGACAAGCGCCUGACAGCCUCGCAGGCCCUCACCCACCCCUUCUUUGAACCCUUCCGGGACCCUGAGGAGGAGACGGAGGCCGAGCAGCCAUUUGAUGAAUCCUUAGAGCAUGAGAAGCUCACAGUGGAUGAAUGGAAGCAGCACAUCUACAAGGAGAUCGUGAACUUCAGCCCUAUCGCCCGCAAGGACUCACGGCGGCGGAGUGGCAUGAAGCUGCAGUGACUUGACAAGCCCGGGGACCGCCACCUGCCAGACACUGCCCCUAGGACCAAUAUUUAUUUGCCACUACUAAAGUCAACUCUUCCUGGAAUAUGGUCAUCCAAGGAGAAGACAGCAGGGCCCUUGUCCUUGAGAAGGAAAUAGGCCUAGUUGAUGUAGAAUUCAAAGAUGUUGGUUGGGAGAAGAGCUGUGAUCGUGAUGGGCCGCAUUAAAAGGCCCCUUUGGAGAAUCGCCUGUGUGUGGGGUCCUUUCCUUCACCACUGUAGUGGGGCUGAGAGGGGUGGGCUGAGCCAGGGCCGGGAUCUACAGCAAUGAUGGUGUAUUAAUUUCCAAGGACUGCUGUAUAAAUUACCACAAACUGGGUGGCUUAAAACAAGAGAAAUGUGUUUUCAGUUAGUUCUGAAAGUUAGAAGUCCAAAAUCAAGGUGUUAGCAGGCUACACUCCCUCGAAACACUCUAGGAGAAGACUCUUUCUUUGCUUCGUCUUAGUUUCUGGUGGCUCCUGGCAACCCUUAGCAUCCCUUGGCUUACAGCUGCAUCACUCCAGUCUCUGCCUCCAUCUCCACAUGCCACCUUCCCUGUGUCCUCUCCUUGUAAGGGCACCAGUCACUGGGGUUAAGUCCUGCUCUAUUCCAGUACUAUCUCGAGCCUUACUAAUUUUGCCUGCAAAGACCUCAUUUCCAAAUAAGGUCACGUUCCGAGGUUCUGAGU